UAUUAUACCAGAAAACUUCUUAAUAUUAUUUUUUCAUGAUAACGAUAAGAUUAGGAGAUCAAUAUUAAUCACGAGUGACAAAAGCAUAUCCAUAACUUUCGAUUAAAUAUUCAUACAUCUGAUUGUCAGAGCCCUUAGCCUUAGCCAUAGAAUCUUUGGUUCGUAAUUUUCCAUUAAUGUCGGGGUACUCCUUGGUUUUACUUGCUACGGUCAUUUUAGAGGAACCCAACCCCACUUCAUACGGCAUAUCUAUUUCCACCUCCACUCGAAUUUAGCUAAACCAAUAGAUAAUUAGAAACUGUUUCCCCUCACCAAUGUCCCGAAAAGUUGACUGCCCACUCCGAGCCUUUGUAAAAUGUAAAACAUCUUUAAAAAGUCACUCUUGAACACACACUCAUCCAGAACGUAUCAAAAGUCGUUCAAAGUCAAAUCCACUUAACACUGCUGACGCAACGACAUACAUACAUUUUUGGUCCUUCGAGAGAGAUACUUGGCCUGUCUUGAAAUACACAAUUUAUUAUUCCGAACAAUUGUUCGGGUUUACGAACAUACAGUUCAAUUUCGUGUCGAGAUUUUGUACGAGAGAUACUAGUGAAUGUUAGUCCAAAGUACAGUGAUAUAGCAUCCAAGGAGCCUACGACGUUUCAAUCUAACAAGUAGCAUUCAGCUGAAUUAGAAGACCUUACUUGGACAAGCACUAACUACGGUGAUCGACCGUCAGACCAGGAAAGUUGAGAAUAGUAUCUUCAUUCCAGCAGUAGCGAAAAGCAGCAUCCGAAAACAACGCCAAUCAGAUAUUGCGUUAUUGCCAACUUCGUGUCGAUCUCAAACGAAAUGACUUCCUCGGUGAAAUGGAACAAGCUUCAACUGUUGAACAGACAGCGUGAUAACGCUAAGGAUCAAGUGGCGCGCAUUCUAUUGUCUUUACUUGAGGAUCCCGAAAUGUCUACCGGGGCAUUGAUGGCACGACGGUCAAAAUUAGAUCAGAUGUACAAUACGUUUUCGAAAACUCAAACAGAAAUAGAGGUUAAUGACGGAGUUAGUAACCAUGCAGAGGAGUGGCAAUCAUUUAAUAAUCAAUUUUUUAAAGCCAUGGAAAUAAUUAACAAUCAAAAAGUAAUAACAACCGAAAACUAUAGAGCUGCACCCAGUUAUAAGGUACCAGAUUCGUCAAGUACAGUAAAACCAACCAGUUCUAUUUUAAGGAAAAUUGAAAUCACGCCAUUUAAUGGCAAUCCAAUAAACUGGCAUAGUUUUCAUGAUAUCUUCAAAUCUUCGGUACACGAUGACAAGGAAUUAAUCGGUUUGGAAAAAUUCCAUCUCUUAAAAAAUGCACUUUGUGGAGAGGUGUCCGCGAUAGUCGAAUCAUUAGAGGCGUCAGAAAGCAACUAUUUGGUGGCUUGGGACUUGUUAUGCAAGCGAUAUAAUAAUCCGCGAAACAUUAUUAAUGCUCAUUUAAAACAUUUGUUUGACUUACCAGAAACUACUCAACCUACAGCGUUGAAUCUUAUACAGUUAGCAGAGCAAGCUCAAGUGCAUUUUAACGCGUUGCAGGCUGUAAGCAACCCUACUGAGCUCUGGAAUACAUUCUUAAUACACGUUGUUGCGAGUAAGUUAGGUAAAAAUGUUCGUGACAGGUGGGAACGUACUUUGAAAAACGAGGAAGUUCCUACAUUUAAGCAACUGUUAAAUUUUAUUAACAAACUUGCAUGCGAAGCUAUUAUGGGACAGGAGAAUUUGAAUACAUUAAAUACUCCGGUUACCCAAGAUAUACUACACUUAAAAACACAAGUCCACGAUCAGGUAUACGGAGAGACAGACAAAAAAAGACUAAAGACUUCUAAUUAGACUGCUUAUGAUUCCAAGUUUCUGAGGUGAAUGACGAUAGGUCAAACUUAGUCCUCUCACUAAAAAACGCCCUAGCCUUUCCCACUCCGUGACCAAAUUCUUUCAGAAUAACAUUUCUAUUCAUUUAAGCAUCAUCGAACUGCUUGGCUUUUUUACAGGGUCAUUAUGAAACAAAUUUUUGAGUAUUAGGGUAUGCUGCUGUUAAGACUUUUAACUUUAACCAAUAUUUGUAUAGAACAGUCGUUGAUACUACAUUCAAAUUUGAGCCAUUUUACACCUUAAUCGCUGGGAUCGAAGCAACUCUGAAUUCGCACCCUUUCACACCCGCAUCCUAACGAUUUCCUUGCCUUAUCGCCCAGUCUUUAUGAUUCGUUAGGAUAUGUACCGGAACAUGAUUUAGUUGACGUGCAAACUAAUAAGCUGUCACUCUGGCAACACAUCCAACAAAUUAAACAACGGUUUUGGAAGAGGUGGCAAACAGAAUAUUUACAGGAGUUACGCACAAUGAAGCAAAUUGUACACUCAAAAUCGCAGAGGAAUUAAGGAGGCCAUCCUAGUAACCCUCGGAAAUGUCAAUGCUCGAGCGCUUCAACGGCAGCUAGUCAUCGCAGUUCUCCUUGGAGAAGAUAAUAUAGUCCGCGUGGUCAUAGUUUGGACUCCGUAUGGCACUUACAAGUUGAAGAAUUUGGUACUAUUACGCAUACGAUAAACAUCUAAUGUGUUUGGUGACGGCUGAAUGUCCCAACACGAGACUCUCCAUCAGAAUUUAGUUUCUGCAUCAUUGUGAUUCCCGGUAAUCACACAUCAUCUGGACGUUAACAUCGUUUCCACAUCAUCAAAAUCUAACGGGAACUGUUUCCGUAAAACUAAACAAUUCGGUGUCACGCAGUUACUUAAUCGUUGACAAGCGUCCAACCUUCGCGUAUACGAUCGUAUUAUUUUCAUACGCAACACACUCACACACAUAACAUCGAAGUUUGUGAAUUCUAUCAAUUCAAAAAUCAAAGGAUUUUAAUGCUUUCGGGCUGUUUCCCUUUUCUGCAUGUCGUCAAGUUUUUCUAUGCCUCCUCAUGUGCCUAUGUAUUUAGACGUUUUCGACCCGGUACUUGGGGAGGGGGCGCUAGCUUGCGCAAACCGAUCUUGAGAGGAUCACGUCUUUCUUCUUGAAGAUUCAAACAAUAUCACGUCCAAGAGAUUCCGUUUCCGUCGAAACGGAAAGAGAUUCAAUCGAAUUAAUUGAGAAUUUUCGCAUUGAAGAUUUUCGAUCGUACAGUAUUUAUAGAAUAAAAUAUGUUAUAAUGAACCGAUAAGCAACACUUCGAAAGUUGAAAUUUAAAUCAAUUUUACACAAUUCCAUAAACAUUUAGUCUGUCACGAGGUGAUUUAUUAACGAAAGCGAUAAAAAGUGUUUUAAAUAUAAUUUCAUGUACAGCCGCAAACAUUUUCUAACUCCUUCAAAGAUACUAACACAUAAUUGUACAUUUAGCUUUCUUAAAAUUCAACAACAAAUGAUUACAAGACUUUCUUCUGUUCUUGUGCGUUACUCGCCUUCUAGAAUAUUUAUUUAUGUGGUUAUUAUUGGUUUAAAGUAAAUAAAAUAUAAUUGCAUACUAGAUUUGGAUGUCUUCUUUUAUCCUUGAAAGAGUCAUCCCUGAGGGAGUUGCUUUACUAAAAAGCAACAUAGAGUCACAUUUUCAUCAAUCUAAUUACUUUCCUUAAUUACAUUAUGAUACAGGGUGUCUCACAAUUAGUGUAGGUCCCAAAAAUGGGGGGUAGCUCACGUGAUUCUGAAUAAGGUAUCCCUUUGCAAGAAUAGGGUUUGGAGCUUCGUUUUUGAAUUAUUAAGCAAAAACACGGACCAAUCAGAGCGCAAAAAUUACAUGCACCCAGAAGCGAGAGCAAAAGGUUCGAGCCUAGCAUGACAUACAGUAAUUGUGAGACACCCUGUAUAAUAAUCAAAAAAGAAUAAACUGUAGUUGAUUAAAAUUAUAAAAAAAGGCAAAUGUCAUGAUUCGUCACCUUCUUUAGUUAUCGUAAUAUAUCUAACUCAACUCAUUGGCUGAAUGAAAGAUCGUGUCAAUGAAUUAAGAACGUAUAAGCCAAAAUUUGGAUGGUGGGAGUGAAGUUCCCUUGCCUCUCCACUGACCGUGCAAAAACUGAUUCUGUCAAUUGCACAGUAUGUGACUCAAUUGCAAAGUGUCAACCAUGUAUGUAUACUCGACCAGUACCGACGGUAAUGCAGUUAGCUUCGGAGGAGGAGUAAAUGCUCCCGUACAACCUUACACUAUUACAGCGAUAACAACAGAAACAUCCAUGCGCAAAAUAUGCCUUCUUCAGAUGCUUCGCAUGUGUUGUUUUUUCAUCGCAGUUGUAAUUAUAUUUGUAAUAUUUCUGGCAGCGACUGGAGUAAUGUCCAGCCGUCAGUCAACAUGGCAUAUGGAUAAAUAAGAAGUGCACCAGAAUGGAAUUAUGGUUAAAGACACGAAUUAACCAAAAACAAGAAUUAAAGUAAUAUAAUACACGAAAAUAUUGGUUGCAGAAAUUUCUCACUAAGAAACAAUGCUUGUCGAUACCGAUUGUACACAUCUUUCAGUAAAAACUGAACAACUAUGAAACAAAUAUCGCUAAAACAAUGUACUACUUUGACAAGAAAAAAGGUGCAAAUAAAAGGAUAUCAUUGACGUUUCUAAUAUAAGAUACGUGUAUUAUAAUUCUGUUAUACAAUUUACGUUUUUCACUGGCAGAGAACAUUGUCCCGCUGUUUAUUAAUUUUAUUUGUAUCUUUGCACAAUAAGCAGGAAAUUGAUCCGUGAAUAUUUCGAUGCAAUUUAUAUUACCAUUAUAUGCGCAAUUUGCUUUACUAAAGAAAAAUGAUUAAGGACCUUUUGAUAUUAAAUAAUAUUAAAGAACACAUU